CAUGUCGAUGUUCUUACAAAAUCCAUACUUCAUACGUUCAUUUAUUUAUUUUUCACUGCUAUCUCACUAUACAUUCUUUAUUCUGAUCACCCAACAAUCUUUAGUGCUGCUCAAGCUUUUAUUGCCCUUCUGCAAGGCUGUUCAACAAAGACUUAGUGUAUAUCAUGGGAAGUAUUGCCCAGUUGAGUCGUAAUUCUUUCCCAGAUGGUUUCGUUUUUGGAUCUUCUUCGUCAGCUUACCAGUUUGAAGGUGAAACAAACAGGAGAGGCAAAGGGCCGAAUAUAUGGGACACCUUCAUCGAGGAGCAUCCAGAGAGGAUAAGUGACCAUAGCAAUGCAAAGGUGGCAGUUGAUUUCUAUAAUCGCUAUAAGGAAGAUGUGCAAAGAAUGAGGGGAAUGGGAAUGGAUGCUUUCAGAUUCUCUAUUUCUUGGUCUAGGGUAUUACCACAUGGCAGACUAAGUGCUGGAAUAAACGAAGAAGGGAUCCAGUUUUACAACAAUCUCAUCGAUGAGCUCAUAAAAAAUGGUAUACAGCCUUAUGUAACUCUCUUUCAUUGGGACACUCCACAAGCAAUUGAGGACAAAUAUGGUGGUUUCUUGAGCCCUAAUAUUUUAAUCGAUUUCCGAGACUUCGUGGAGCUUUGCUUCCAAAGAUUUGGAGACCGAGUGAAGCACUGGAUCACUUUAAAUGAGCCUUUUAUGUUUAGCGUCAAUGGCUAUGACACGGGCACAUUGGCACCCGGCAGAAUUUCAACUUUGGAGAAUUAUCCAGGCCAACCCAAAAUCUCUGGCGCCACCGAAGUUUACAUUGUAACCCAUCAUCUAUUGCUUGCUCAUGCAACGGCUGUGAAAGUAUACAAGGAAAAGUAUCAGACGUGUCAAGGAGGUAAAAUUGGGAUAACCCUCGUUUCUCAUUGGUUUGAACCUUACUCAACUAGUGAAAGUGAUCGGAUGGCAACUGAACGAAGCCUUGAUUUUAUGCUUGGAUGGUACAUGGAUCCUCUAACUAAAGGUGACUAUCCACAGAAUAUGCACGACUACGUUGGAGGAAGAUUGCCUAGAUUCAGUGAGGAGGAAUCCAAGAUGCUGAGAGGAUCUUAUGACUUUAUUGGGGUCAAUUACUACACUACAUACUAUGCUCAGAAUGUUGAGGAUGUUGACUAUAAAAAUAUUGGGUUUAUGGAAGAUGCUCGUGUUAACUGGCCAGGGGAGAGAAAUGGAAUACCAAUAGGCCCACAGGCGGGUUCAAGUUGGCUUUAUAUUUAUCCCGAAGGUAUUCGUCAUCUCUUGAAUUACAUAAAGGACGCGUAUGAAAAUCCAACAAUAUAUAUCACUGAAAAUGGAGUUGAUGACGUGAAUUCCUCGUCAUUAGAGGAAGCCCUCAAUGAUGCCAUAAGAGAGAAAUAUUAUAAAGACAUUUUCCACAAUGUUCUGAAAUCUAUCAAUGACCAUGGUGUCGAUGUCAAGGGGUUUUUUGCUUGGUCAUUCUUGGAUGAUUUUGAAUGGGGAUCCGGUUAUGGUUCAAGGUUUGGUCUCUUCUACAUUGACUACGAAAACAACUUGAAACGAUAUGCCAAAAAUUCUGUGAAGUGGUUUAAGCAAUUUCUGAAGAAGGACGAAAGUACUCAACUCAACGAUAACAUAAAAUCAAAAUCUCGAAUGGAGGAGGCAUCAGCUCGUAGCCGUAAGAAGUCGAGAAUUGAUUAAACAUAUAUUGGCAUGAAAUAUAAUAAGGAGCCCUUUUCGUAUGAUCAAGACCUACUUGAAACCACAUCAGAAUAGCACCAAACGCUGAAGUCAAACUUUGUUGCAGCAAGUUAGGUUUCCACGUCUGAUAAAUUCUAUUCCAUGCAUGUUUGCGUCCUUCUAGUUUGUGGACAUCAGUGGAUCUUUGUCUUCGAAUUAAUUCUCACAUUUUCGUCUAGGAUCGAUGCUGUUCUUGUUGUAAUAAUAAGAUUUAUUUGUAUUUAUUUUUUAUUUUUUAUAUGUAUUGAUUGGUUAUCGAUCAAAUUCGAUAUUAAAUAAUAACUUGCUCUGCGCAAUUUCUUUUUUCCUGUAA